AGCAGCAGUCUCAUGAGACAACAUCAGCUUGUUAGAAAUUAGCUUUUUUAUCAUUUUAGAUAAAUUUAGAUUAAUGCAUUAAUUAGGAGUAAUGUCUGUAAAUCCAGGACAAGGACUGCCUUUCCUGCCAGGCAACACAUUUCGGGAUUUAACGAAAUCCGCUUAUCACAGAGCUCAGACUCUUGCUUUUAAGAACGGUUAUGCUCUGCCCCGGCGGCCAGUGGUCGGUACCGGACAGGACCCGCUGUUGUCGGUUAACAUCAGUCACUGUGAGCGGAACCAGCUAAUCAGCGACAUCCCGAACCUGACGUACGGUACCGACACACACCGCCACCCGCCGAUGAGUUACAUUCCAGCACACGCUGCUUAUGACAAGAAGGUGCUCCGUUUCUAUGGCUACUUCCAGCAACCAGUCUUGCACUCCCCAGACGAGAAAUUCCGUGUUCGUCCAGUGGUGAUAUAUUAUUACCUGGAGGACGACAGCAUGGGUGUGAUUGAGCCGCCGGUGGAAAACUCUGGAAUUCCGCAAGGAAAACUGAUCAAACGGCAGAGACUCACUAAAAACCAGCACGGAGAGUUUUACAACUGGAAAGACCUCAAUCUCUGCAUGGACAUGAAUUUGUAUGGAACAGUGUAUAGGAUAACACACUGUGAUCCCUUUACCCAGGACUUCAUGGAGAGUCAGGGGAUAGUCCUGAAUGAACCAGAGUCCAUUCCCAGUGACCCAUACACCACCCUCCGCACUCAGACACAACAAACCCAUGCGACACCCUACGAACAUAAUCAUCAGCUGGAACAUUUUCUCACCAAAGAUCGACAGGUGCUGCGGUUCUUCGCACUGUGGGAUGACUCGGACUCCAUCUUCAGGGAUAAACGCUCUGUGACGCUGCAUUAUUAUCUGGUGGAUAAUUCUAUAGAGAUCUGUGAACAUCAAGAGCCCAAUAGCGGACGAGACCCGUUCCCAGUGCUGCUCCGCAGACAGAGAGUUCCUAAACACAUCAAACCAACCUGUGAGCCGUUCCCAAGCUGUGUUCUGGAAGUUUCCAAGGUGGACGUGCAGGAAUAUUUCUCUCCGGAAGACUUCAGGGUCGGUGAGGAGCUCACGCUGAUGGGAAGGCGUUUCCUGCUGUAUGAUUGUGAUGGUUUCACCUGGAAAUACUUUCAACAAAAUCACCCCGAGAUCCAGAUCAAACCAGUGACUGUACAGACGAGCACACAGCGGGACAGCAAGAAGGUCAUUCCACCGUAUAACGGCUUUGGUUCUCUGGAGGACUCCCUACAGAACUGUCUGUCUCUGAUUCCUGAGCCACCCAAGAAAGACGUGAUUAAACUACUGGAGAACGACCACAAAGUCCUGCGUUACGCCGCACGGCUGGAUUCCCAGAAUCCUCUAGACGAGGGGCGACGCUUCAUUCUGUCCUACUACCUGUCCAACGACAUGAUCAGCAUCUUUGAGAGAUCCACACGGAACUCCGGCAUCAUGGGUGGAAAAUUCCUGGAGAAGACCCACGUCCCAAAACCAGGAAGUGUGGUGGAAAAUCCAGAAUACUACGGACCUGCAGACUUCUCUAUUGGAGCCACUUUGGAAGUAUUUGGUCAUCGGUUCGUCCUGACUGAUGCAGAUCGGUACGUGUUAAAUUAUCUGGAGUCUGUGCCCAAUCACAUCCCAGAGCACAUGCUCUCCUCGCUGAGACAGAGGUUUGGAGUCAGUCAGACCUCAGAGCAGGAUGACAGAGAUAAGGAGCAACCUGCAGGUGAGACCGAUGAAGUUCUUGCCCCCAUUGAGAGCUGAUAUCAGCUGUCACAACGGUUUAGAUCUCAGUUCAACAGUAGCAUUUCUCUUCCUUCGAUCCUUGCAGCAUGCAGUACAAUAAAUAAUGCUUCCCAUCC